CCGGACGACAGCCAUGGCCCCUAAGGUGGAAAACAAGCAAGGCAAGACCAAGCCCAGCAGCAAGGCUGGUGCUGCUGCCAAAGCAGUUCUGAAGGGUGCAGGCGCGCACAAGGCCCGCAAGGUUCGGACCUCGACCACCUUCCACCGUCCUAAGACCCUCCAGCUUUCCCGGUCGCCCAAGUACCCUCGCAAGUCGAUCCCCCAUGCGCCUCGUCUCGAUGCCCACAAGGUCGUUCUCUUCCCCCUCAACACGGAGAGCGCCAUGAAGAAGAUUGAGGAGAACAACACCCUUGUGUUCAUCGUGGACGUCAAGGCCAACAAGCGUCAGAUCAAGCUUGCUCUCAAGCAGCUGUACGACGUUGAUACCGUCAAGGUCAACACUCUUGUUAGACCUGAUGGCUCCAAGAAGGCUUACGCCCGCCUUACUCCCGACGUUGAUGCUCUGGACAUUGCCGCCACGAAGCUCGCUAUCGUCUAGACGUGUCGAAAUGGGAGAAUUAAAGUGGGAUUAGAUGAUUUUUCUUUUAGUUCUGUGUGGCGGUUCAUCAAUAUCAAUAUACAAUCAACUGCCAGUGCUUCAACGAGGGUGGAAUGAUCAAAUCAAAAAAUGAAAAGCAUUA